AUGGCUUCAAUCCGGUGCUUUGAUCUAAAAUGUGAUCGUGAAAUUCAAUAUGCUUGCAAAUGCUCAUCUCCCCAAACUUAUUCCUGCGAAAUGCAUUUCGGUAUCCAUCUUAAGUUGCCUAAUAGAAAUCAUGUCUUUGAUUCUCUUUUCAUAGAUCCUUGUGAGGGAACUAAAGAAGCAAUUCUUGAAUUUCUUACAAAAGAAAGGAGAGAAAGAGAGAAACUAAAGGAAAAGUUUUUGUCUUCCUAUAGCCAAUAUCUUUGCAAUUCUGAAUCCAGCCUUAAAAAGAGCUUAAAAAAUCUGAAUUCUGAUUUAGCGACAAUAAGUGAAUUAUCUCAAAAGAUUUUUUAUACCCAAAAAAUAUUGAAGGAUGAGCAAGAUCACGUUAUAAAUUUAUUGACUUUGCAACCUGAUAAAGCUAUGGAAGAUAUUAAAGCAAUGAUUCCAUCCAAUCCAGAAUCGUAUAGUAGUGUUAAUUUGUUUUGUGGAUUAAGUGAAGAAAUUGAGAAGAUGUUUGAAUGCUUCAUUGAUGAGAAAUUUGAACAUUUUUUUAAUAAAAGACUCUCAAAUAUAGAAAAUAAGCUUGAAGAGCAUGAUAAAAUAAUCAAGAAUGAGAUUCCUGAAGUCUAUAAUUCAAUUUUCAGCUUAGCUGAAGAAAAUAAGAAGACUAAAACAAAAUUUGAAGAGUGAAACCAAGAAAUUCAACUAAAAACUCAAAAGCAGGUCAAGUCUCUAGCUUCUCAGCUUAGCUCAACUCUAGAAGAGCUCAAUAAAAAAUUAAAUGAAAUAAAAAACAACCAAGACCAGUUCAACAAAAAGGUUAGUGAUCAAUUAUUAAUUCCUCAAGAACUAAAAUCGAAAAGGUCAGCAAUUUUAAGCAAACCCAAUGACCCAGAAACAGAGCAAGAUUUCAGAAGAACUUGCUCAUUAUAUGAGAAUUCUUCUUGUGAAACAGCAUUAAUCCAAGCUUAUCAGAAAUAUACCAAUGCUUAUCAUCAGAAAACAUCUCUUUAUAUCAUUAAAAAUGAAGACAACAACAGAACUGAUUUAGUUGUGUAUGACACUGAAUAUGAAAAAGAAGAAUUAAAAUUAUUGGAUUAUUUAGAGCCAUUAGGCAGUGAUAUCUGUAUUACUCAACUUCCUAAAGGCGAGUUAUUCUGUUUUGGUGACUAUCCACCAUCUGGGGUUACUUUCAUAAUUGAUGAGAAUUUGAGAAUCCAACGAUUGCCAUCUGGAACGCCUUGCUUUUAUUCAUCAGCUAUAUAUUUCAAUAAGUCUGUGUAUUGCUUUGGAGGAAUUGACAAUGAAAAUGCUCUUUCAGCUCUGUCCUGCAGGUUUGAUUUUAACAGAAAUCAGUGAAUUAGUUUAACCCCAAUCCCAGAAGCUGACUAUAAGUGUAGUAGCAUAGUUUUCAAAGGAAAUAUUAUAAUUUCUGGAUUUGAAAAUGAAAAUAUUUGGCGAUAUUCAAUUGAUAUACCUGUUUGCAAAGAAUAGCCCACUAAGGAGUAUUUUUUGGUUCGCCAUUCUUAAAUUUGGCUAGCCAGAAAAUAUGGCAUGCCAAUGAAUUUUAGCAAGCCAGCUAUUGUCUGCAAACCAAAAAUGGGCUAUUCUUGGUAAAUAAGUAUAGCAACUCUUUUGCCACAAUUCCUUCGGAGUUUGGAAAAAGCAAAAGAAAGAUACUGAUAAAUUCAGAGAGAUUGUAUUUGAUUGAGUGUGAAGGAUUUAUUUACGAAAGUGAAGUUGGAGACGAGUAUACUUGGAAUCAAAUCACAAGCUCAAUAAUUGAUUAUUAUGCUCCUUCUCAAGUUUAUUGUUCAUAUAAUAAAGGAGGAGUGUACAUUGGGAUUAGCUGGUCAGAUCUUUCAGAAAAAUUUUCGCACUGCUGUAGCUACUAUAAAUUUGAUUUCAGUACAAAAGCUAUGUUAAGACUCUAG